AUGACCACGUCGCCAUUUUGAUUCGAAAUUUAUGACUUGAGUUUUUCCUGCCUUGCUUGCUAAACUUAGCCGCGCGUUGAAUAUCUUUAUGAGUCCAAAUCAUACCUUGAACAUAUGCAAUAAUACGUAUUACUGUUAAUGCAAAGGAGCUAUUAAUGCGUAAAAGUUGAGGAUUUAAUUGAUUCUAAAUCUAUAUUUGACUAACGUUAGCUAAGUUGAUCUAGUUCAUGUUAGCCCUGUGCUGUCAGACUGAACCAUUUUCAAAACAAACCACUCAGAGGCUAACGAAUGCUAGCCAGUUCUGCUAGCUAACAAUUAGCUGGAUAGCUUGUGACCUAGAACACUCUGCUUAUGGAUAAAACCCACUAAAGUUUAACAGAGAAGUACGGAACAACACUGGACUUUAAGCCAAAGGUUAUGGUGAGCGUCACAGUGUGUUAUCUCCUAAAGAGGCCUGUGUUUUAAGAAAAGACCCAUGCUGAUAAAUGCAACACCUCACCACACACUCUGUUGUCUGCAUAAACUCAAAUGCCUGCCUGCCCGUGGGGGAGGUCUGAUUAAAGAGAUCCAGAUUUCAUCCACUGGCCUACGCUCCCCACUCCAGCGGCCAACAUGUUUUGGAAGUUUGACCUACACACCACCUCCCACAUCGACCAGUUGCUGGACAAAGAAGACGUGACCUUAAGAGAGCUGAUGGAGGAAGAUGACGUCCUGCAGGAGUGCAAGGCCCAAAACAGACGGUUGCUUCUCUUCCUCUCUCAGGACCACUGCAUGCAAGAGCUAGUCAACCUCAUCACCACAGAGCCCCCUGCUGACCUGGAGGAGAGAAGCCGCUUCAAGUUUCCAAAUAUAGCUUGUGAGCUCCUGACCUCAGAUGUGUCCAUUAUAAAUGAUAAGCUUGGUGGGGAUGAAUCUCUCCUUGAGACGCUCUACAAAUUCCUGGAUAACGAGCCGCCCCUUAAUCCUUUACUCGCCAGCUUCUUCAGUAAAACCAUUGGCAAUCUGAUUGCCAGGAAAACAGAACAGGUUAUCACAUUUUUAAAGAAAAAGGAAGGCUUUAUUGGUUUGGUGCUUAAACACAUUGAUGCCUCUGCCAUGAUGGACCUGCUUCUUCGCCUUAUCAGUUGUGUGGAACCUGCGCCUUUAAGGCAGGAAGUGCUUCAUUGGCUAAAUGAGGAAAAGCUGGUACAGAGACUCAUAGAACUUAUUCAUACUGGCAAUGAUGAAGAAAGACAAUCAAAUGCGUCCCAGACACUUUGUGAUAUCAUCCGCCUUAGUCGAGAUCAGGCCAAUCAGAUGCCUGAUAAUGUGGAGUGUGACCCACUAUUGACUGUACUGGAGUCGCAGGAAACUGUAACAGGGCUUCUCAAGAAUAUGUUUGAGGGGGAGAAGAGUGAGGCCUCCAUUGUUAAUGGAACUCAAGUGCUACUUACCUUAUUGGAGACCAGAAGGUCUGGGUUGGAAGGGUUAAUGGAACUGUAUUCUCAGGGUUACGAAAGGUCUUACACUGUCAACAGCAGUAUUUUAAAUGCCAUUGAGCCCCAUUUAAAAGACUUCCAGCAGCUUCUUCUGGAUCCCCCUAAGAAAAGUGCAAUAUUGAUGACUGUUGGCAUUCUGGAGCAGCCCCUGGGGAAUGCCCGCCUUCAUGUGGCCCGGCUGGUGGCUGCCCUGCUGCAGACCAGUGCACCCAGCAUCUGUCAAGAGCUCUGCAAUCUUGCCACCAUGGACCUACUACUGGAUCUGUUCUUCAAAUAUACCUGGAAUAACUUUUUGCACCUUCAAGUGGAGCUGUGUGUGGCAGCCAUUCUGAACCAUCCUUCAUCAGAUGAACGGCCUGUCCUGGGCCCACAGAACCAUGAAGGGGAUCCAUCAGCAUCCAGCACUGAGAGGGAGGUAGAGCAGAAGGACACAAGCUACCCAGAAAACUCUGUCCAUAAUCCUCUUAUAACACAUCUUUUCCAGAAGUGUCAGCUUGUUCAGAGGAUCCUGAAUGCCUGGGAGGAGAAUGAUCAAAUACAGGCUGAGGGUGGCACCAGAAGAGGCAACAUGGGUCAUCUGACCAGGAUUGCCAACAUGGUGGUCCAAAACCUGGAAAAGGGACCAGUACAGGCACAAAUCACAGACCUUAUCAAAGAGCUGCCAGAAGACUGCAGGGGUCGUUGGGAGAACUUUGUCGAUGAAACCCUCAGAGAAACCAACAGAAGGAAUACAGUAGAGCUGGUAAGCACCCACAAUAUCCACUCAUCCAGUGAAGAUGACGACUUCCCCAAUGAUAUGUCUCUGCAACAGACCUUCUCGGACUAUCAGAUCCAACAGAUGACUGCCAACUUUGCGGACCAGUUUGGGUUCCAUGAUGAGGAGUUCAGUGAGCAUGAUGAAAAUAUCAAGCCAAUGCAGCUGCUUUUGAAGCCUGCUGUAAUGAGAGGAUACGUCAGUUUGAUGAUGCCGAAGAGGAGGAAGAGGACAUCUGGGAGGAGAAGGAGAUCAACUAUACAGCACAAGCUAAAUCCCGAACAAGGUUUGGGGUGUCUCAGACUUCAGAAGGAGGCUCCAGGGGCAGCAUAGAAAAUGGAGGACAGGAGCAGGCCUGUGAGCUGCAAUCAGAUGAGGAAGAAGAUACUGAG